UUUUAUGAGACGGAGAGGGAGGCAGCAGCGGCAGUUCAGUUAUGGGUGAUGCGGAGCAAGGAAAGAGUUGUAAAGCAGGGCGAUGGUCGCUGGGGGGAAUGACGGCUCUUGUCACGGGAGGCACAAGAGGAAUCGGUAAUGCGAUAGUAGAGGAGCUGGCGGCCCUGGGAGCGGUGGUCUACACCUGCUCCCGGAAAGAAUCGGAGCUCAAUGAUUGCUUGAAGAAAUGGGAGGGGUUAGGGUUUCGCGUUUCUGGCUCUGUUUGCGACCUCUCUGUUCGGGAGCAGCGGGUGGAUUUGAUCCAGAGGGUGUCCUCCACGUUUGGUGGGAAGCUCAAUAUCCUCGUGAGUUUCCAGAUAAACUCACUCUCAUAAAUACUGGAUGA